AUGAAGGCCAACUUUGCCCUUCUGGCUCUCACUGCCAGCCUUGGCGAGGUCUCCGCUCACUGGGGUAACUGGAAGGAUGCUCCCAAGUACACUCCUCCCCGUGCCAUCGACAACAAGUGUCAGGAGAACCAGAAGAAAGGCUGGUACUGGGAUGACCUCCAGGUCGGCCAGUUCGAGAAGUACAACGAUUUUGAUUUCAAGGGCUGGACCUGUGGAACCGAUAAGUCGAAGCGCGAUCUCACUGGCCGACACUUUGGCAAGUCUAUCUCUGCUGAGUGUGGCCCUGCCAAGGAGGCGGCUCCCUCUUUCGGCUGCGGUGCUGGCAGCAAGGAGAAGUCUUUCUCUCUGAAGAAGUUCCACGUCCGACCCGAGUUUGACUGCCGUCUCGAGUUCCACUAUGACAUGCCUGACGGCUCUACUUGCAAGCACCAGGCCGACUGCUCUAAGGACGGUACCGAUGUUUACAACAGCCAGUGUGGUGGUGCCAAGCACGUUCGCUUCGUCUACCCCAAGCAGCCCAACAAGCCCAAGGACAAGUGCCGUAUUGAGGUUCCCCAGAUCGACUUCGACUGUGACAAGCCUCAGCCUCCCACUCCUCCUUAUGGCGGCAACACCGAGACCGUCCCCUCCGGCGAGAACACCAAGACUAUCCCCUACGGUGACAACACCAAGACCGUCCCUGCUGGUGAGGAGACCACUACUGCUCCUGCCGGUGGUAACACCGAGACUGUCCCCUACGGCGAGAACACUGAGACU